AUGGCGCCAUCGCCUGGGGCCCUUCUGUACUGGCUCCUUGCGGCGACCUGGCCCUCCAGCCCGACAUGGGAGCUGCAGCCAGCCAUCGGACGCCAUCAGCGUCGGUUGCUGACACGCAUCCUCAACUCCUCCUGUACUCGUGAGGCCACUGCCUGGGACCCUGUGGAGUGCCUGGGACCCUGGUCUCGGCCGCAGCUGGAGAACCGGCGGCCGCGCAUUGGUGAGGCUGCUAAUCCGGGGCCUCCUGCCCCAGGAACACCUGUUGGAGGUGAGAGGCCCUAUGGGCGCAGGCCUUUGGAGGAGAGGCCCUCGAUGGACGUCGACAGUGGUGGCAAUGCUGGGAGAGUCUACUGCCCUGUGCCUGCUUGUCCUUGCGGGGACCCCCGCCGCGCCAGGGGCUGGGCUAGUGAUGCCACCAUGCGACCACACAUUGAUGCGCACUUGUCAGGUGCGUUGUGCGGAGAAGUCCCUGCCCAAUGGCUCCAGGCACGGGGCCGCCAGCGCUGCGCCGUUUGUGGACUCAGUGCUGUGGCCGAUCCUGGCGGCGUGCGCGAAGGGGAUGCCCUCCCACUGCCUACCUUUGACGAGAUUCAGGCAGGUCGCACCCCCACCCUGCGACAUGUGCCGGGGCGUGCACGCUGGCUUUGGGCCCGUGCGCUGACACGGGCCUUUGCUGCCGUAGUUCAUUACAAUGAUGAGCGCUCCUGGCGCGAGCUCUACAUGCUGCCGCAGUGUGUUCUGGAUGGAGAGCGGAUUCAGCUUUGGCACACCAGGCGGCAGCUGCAACGUGGGCUUAGACGCCCGCCUACCACAGCUGAGCGCAAGGAGAUGGCCACCAACCUGGCACGUGAAGGCUUUGACGGCAAGGCCUGCGCUGCUCUGCUUGCUACUGGCCUGGCUGCCGAAAACCACGAAACCACUGCUGCGCUGCAAGCGCUCCACCCUCACCACGCUGACCCUGACCUGCCGGCCAUUCAUGAGUUGCCCCCAACCCCGGAGAUUGUGCCGGACAUCGUGGCGAGGGCCCUUCGAAGCUUCCCAGCCUCGGCCCCGGGGCCUUCAGGCCUUAGAGUUCAGCACCUCCAUGAAGCCUGCGCUCCUGGUGCUGCGGACAGCUUUCUGGAACAACUUGCAGCUGUAGUCAGCCUCCUGGCGCAGGGGCAGGCUUGUUCUGAGGCUGCCGCGUCUUGGCUGGGGCCGGCCUGGUCGCGGCAAAUGCCUCAUGCCGCUCGGGAGCACUUCUUCCCUACUCAGCUUGGUGUAGCGGUGCCUGGCGGAGUGGAAGUCUUGAUCAAGCUCGACUUUGCUAACGCCUUCAACAGUGUGAGGCGGCAGAAUGUGGUGAACGCCACUCGGGUCCACUUCCCUGGCUUGGCUCGUUUUGUGGCCUGGGCUUAUGGCAGACCCACCAACCUCAGGUUUGGCGAGACGGUCAUUCCUUCCGCCUCUGGGGUCCAACAGGGCGAUCCGCUUGGGCCGUUGCUUUUUGCGGCGGCCAUACAACCUCUCACUGUGGAGCUGCGCGGUGGCCUGGACCUGGGCCUCUUCUUCCUCGACGAUGGGGUGCUGGCGGGCGACAUACCAGCCGUGGGGGCUGCUUUGGCCCACACCCAGCGCCGUGCCGCGGAGCUGGGUUUGCAGCUGAACUUGCGCAAGUGUGAGGUUGUGGCAGUUGGCAAUGUCUCUGCGGCAGACUUGGUUGGCCAUCUUCCGGACGCACUCCUGCGAACCCCGGAAGGCAGCAGCAAGGUCCUUCAACAUUUUGAAUUGCUUGGGGCCCCAAUCGGUGACUCUGCCUCCACUCAGGUCCACAGCAAGGCUCGUGUGGACCAGACUAAGGCCUUGUUGGACGCGAUCGGGGAACUGGAAGACCCCCAGGUUGGUCUCCGUUUACUGCGCUCCUGCGCGGGGCAUUGUCGCAUUGUGCACAGUAUGCGGAGUGCACCGCCCGAGCCUCAGUUGCCAGCAUUCCAGGAGUUCGAUCGGCAAGUUCGCGCCUGCUAUGGCCAGUGGAUGCAGGCGAGCCAGCGCAGGGCGGGCUUGGGCUGA